UGAGCGCUGUAGUGCGACUCUUCAUUUUAGGGUCUAAUGGCGUGAGUGUGCGAGGCGGUCGCAGACUGUACUACCACAUACACUCACAGAAAAACCCAAAAUUCGAAACCCUCUCUCUCUCUCUAGAAACCCCAUUGCCGAAAAUCCAAUCCCCAAAACGACAUUGACAUACAAGCAAUGAUCGUCUUUCACCGGUCGUUUUCCGUGCUUCCGAAUCGUUUUCCGACGUGGGGUUUCGGAACUUGAAUCUGGGUUCUCGUUGUUCUCCUCUGAAAAAGUAUAUAUAUUUAUAUAUUUCUUGUUCUCUCACGUGUAUUUUAUAUUAGAUAUAUAUAAUAUAUUGUAUGUUGUAUGUUGUAUGAUGUUCAAAAUAUCUGAGGAAGACAAGAGGGUUUUACAGAGGGAAGGAGGAGAGCUGGAAAAGCUCUGGAAUGAGAAUCCCACUAGGAAUCAGCAUUAUUCCAGUCUUUUCCACCUCCUUCAUCCUCCGCACCAACACCACCUUCUCGGCGGCUCUCCGGUGAGCAGAGCCUCUCUGCCGUCGGAGUUCUCUCCGUCGAGCUCUUUCUCAAAUGGGUUCUAUUCCUCCGGCUACGGUUCUCCGUCUCCGUAUUCAACCCCAUUUGAAGAGGCAAAGUAUCAAACACCUUACGUGAACGGGUUGUGCCUCGACUCUAAGCCGCCCCCGGAUGAUCUGGGUUUGGCUGAGCGUUUCUAUAGGAUGCAUAUUGGGGAAGAACAGGAAAAUGGGACUAAAAGGAGGGGAUUUGAGAGAGGCCCAGAUGGGAUUGGACUCGGUGGUGGGUUUUUUUGGGGGACUAGUCCUUGGAAUGCUGAAAACUAUGGCCUAUUUGAGAGUUCUAAGAACAAUGUUUCGGAUUUUGAUGGGUUUCAAUCUGCGGGUUUGGGAGGUAGUGGGAGAUUUGGUAGGACUAUGGAGUCAGCAUUGCUUGGAUUGCAGCCAAAAUGCGCUGUUGGCGAUUCAAUGGGGUCCUUUCGCAAUCAUAUGCAACCCAAUGCUUUCUAUUCUGGGCCUAGUUGUGUUAAAAGAAUGGAACAGGGAGAUGGCUGGUAUCAGAGGAACCCAUCUAGUGCUAGGUCUUACCCUGAUGAGGACUAUUUUUGCUUACAGCCACGUGGAACAGAUUCUAGUGGCGGAAAGGGUCUUAUGUAUCCGAUGAGUUCCCCUCAGUUCCCCUCGGUUGCUAAGUUGAAUGUGGACAAUCUUUCACAUAACCAUUCAAUGAUAAAACAAAGGACUGGAGUGAAUCCAACUAGUGGGAUUCCUGAAUCUUUCAAGUCCAUGAAUUGUGCAGGGGACUUUGAGGGUUAUGGUUGCGAGGAUAGUUCCAUCAUGCAAGGAAACCAUUUGAAUCACGCCAUAUGUAAACCCAGCAAGUCUUCAAAGGGCUACAAGAAGAACUCUUGCACUAAGAUGGCAAUGCCGACAGGAGAGAAAAGCUCCAGACUUGAUUCCGAUUCAUAUGAUGGUGGAAAUGAAUGGAGCCAGAGUGACAAUAACUCAUUUAGGUCAUUUAUAAGUUUGUGUUCAUUGGCUGAGGUCCAGGAAUAUAUAUAUUUCGUUGCAAAGGAUCAGUACGGCUGUCGGUUCUUACAAGGGAUGCUUGAUGAGGGGACUAGCCAAGAUUUGCAACUAAUAUUUGACAAAAUAAUCAACCAUGUUUUCGAACUUAUGACGAACCCAUUUGGCAAUUACCUUAUGCAGAAGUUGUUGGAUGUGUGCAAUGAACAACAAAGAAUGCAAUUUGUAAUCAAGGUGAUAAAAGAACCAGGACAGCUUGUCAGAGUUUCCUUAGACACACAUGGGACUCGUGUCGUACAGAAAUUGAUUGAGACUCUGAAACCUGGGAAACAGAUAGCGUUAGUUAAAUCGUCCCUUGAAUGCGGUUUUCUUGAUCUUAUUAAGGAUCCAAAUGGCAAUCAUGUAGUACAACGUUGCUUGGAUUGCUUUAGCGACGAAGACAAUAAGUUUAUUUUUGAUGCUGCUGCAAGAUAUUGUGUCGAGAUUGCAACUCAACGCCAUGGAUGCUGUGUGCUACAAAAAUGCAUAGCACAUGCCAUUGGGAGACAUCGAGAUAAGCUGAUCAAUGAAAUUUCAAGAAAUGGGCUUCUCCUUUCACAAGAUCCUUAUGGGAAUUAUGUCGUUCAAUAUGUGAUAGAGCUGAAGAUCCCAUCUGCCAUGGCCAAACUGACUACUCAGUUAAAAGGAAAUUUUGUACGCCUCUCCAUGCAGAAGUGCAGUAGUCAUGUUGUUGAAAAGUGCCUCAAGUAUUUUGAAGAGAGCCGACCUAAAAUCAUCCACGAAUUGCUCUCAUUUCAGCGUUUUGAUCAGUUGCUACAAGACCCUUACGCAAACUACGUGAUUCAAUCUGCUCUUGGAGUUGCAAAGGGCCCUCUUCAUGCUGCUCUGGUUGAAGCAGUGAAGCCUCAUACAAUCUUACGCACCAGUCCAUACUGCAAGAGGAUUUUCUCAAAGGACCUUCUGAAGAAGUGAUGUGUUUUAAUCUAUAUUGGAGUGUUUGUUGUUGUUCUCUAUGUUAAUUACUAAUAACUACUCUCUUUUUGGCCCUAGCUAAGAUACGGGAUGUUCGUCUAAAUCUCUUACCGAUCCUCAGAUGAAGAGUGCAAUUUUGGUUUUAUGGAUGGCAUCAAGAAGUCUGAAGGAGUUAAAACAGAGUUUUGAUUCGUUGAUGCAGUUGCUUCUUGUAAUAUUCUGUUGCUUUUGUGUGUUGAUCUGAACUUUGGAUGUAUGAUAUUCCACUGUCGAAACUGUGGAUUUCUGAUUCGAUGUUGUAUAAAUGUGAUGUUGGGAUUUCUUUCUUGAGGUCGAGAUGGUUCAUAUAUGACCGGACAAUCAUCUCUUUCAGGUUAUAUACAUAAACCGCUGCAUAUUCCUCUCACGUUCAACUCCUAUUGUGCUGCUUGUAAGUGACAGGUCUUGUGGGCCAAAA